AUGCUGAGCUGCUUCUCCACUUCGCGAGGCUGCAGCCUCAGGACCCCAGACAGAGAAAAUAUCUGUGAAAGAUUGAGAAGACGGCUGACUCCAUCUAGAUGCCGCAGGCCGCACUGCCGCAGCCACACGACUGUCACAGACACUCCAGGGAAGGUCUCCCCGGGAGUGACCACCAGUGACCUACCAAAGUCAAGGCGCCCCAGGGAAGUCUCCCUAAGCCCAAAUACCACCGAAGCUGGGAAGAGCGCAGGGCAAGUAUCACCUCGCCCAGAAACACCCAGUCGCUCUGGGCAGAUCUCCCCAGAGCCGAGCACAGAAAAUCCAGAGAGUCAAAAUCCAAGGGCGGAGAGCGAAGUCACAGCCACCUGCCCCCGAGAGACACUGGGAAGCCUGGUGUAUACAUCCACCCAGGCCUGGUCGCCCCCGUUGGAAACCACAUCACAGAGCGCCUUGCGGAAUUCCGGCCAGUGUGGUCCGUGCAGGCAGCACCUCCACCACCCACACCUCUACCGAUCGGUCCUCAGCUUGGGAAGAGACAUCAUGACAACGUCUUUUGAGAAUUCCAACUCCUUUGAGAGCCUGUGUGAUAAAGAUCGAGAUGUGUGGUGUUUGGACAAUAAACAGCUUUUCACCGCAGAUUGGGUAGAGGAGGAAGGAGACCCGUUUAUUCUGUCACCAGAGUUAGAAGAGGGUCUUAGGCUUUCUGAGCUAACGAAGGAGUUUGAACUCUUUGUUCAUGUAUCACCUUGUAUACCAGAACAUCCUAAAGUGUCUUGUCCAAGGGAGGAGAAAUCCAUCCACCAAAAAGGUUCAGGCCGCUGGAGAAAGCUGUAUUGUGAAAACGGCCAUACUUUUCAAGCCAAACGCUUCAGCAGGUGAGCUCACUGUGCUGUCUGCACAGACCGUGUAGGGGGCCUUGGCCGCCAGGUGUAUAAGUGCAUCUGCUGUAAACUCUUGGUGCACAAGAAGUGCCACCAACUUGUCACAGUUCACUGUGGGCAGUGUUCUCUACCAUCAGAGCCCAUGGUGCCAGUGGAUCCGUCAACCAUGACGUCAGGCCCUGCUCAGACAGCGAACCCACAUAAUCUUUCAAGUCAGGAGGCUUUAGAACAACUUGGUGAAGAGAAUGAGGCAGGGAACACUGGGGAAAGUGAAAAAACUUCAUCCAAUAAUUUAGAUCUUCAGGACUUAAAUUUGCUCCAGGUGAUAGGGAGAGGAAGUUAUGCCAAAGUGCUGUUAGUUCAACUAAAAAAUUCAGAUCGUAUGUAUGCAAUGAACAGAAAAAAGAGUGUCAACAGUGAUCAGGUAAAAACAGAGAAGCACGUUUUACAGCAGGCAUCUAAUUGUCCUUUUCUUGUUGGACUCCAUUCUUGCUUCCAGACAGAAAGCAGACUGUUCUUUAUUCUAGACUAUGUAAAUGGUGGAGAUCUGAUGUUUCAUAGGCAGCAACAAAGAAUACUUCCUGAAGAACAUGCCAGGUUUUACUCUGCAGAAAUCAGUCUAGCAUUCAACUGUCUCCAUCAGCAAGGGAUACUGUACAGAAAUUUGAAACUAGACAGUUUAUUACUCGACUCAGAAGGGCACAUUAAACUGUUUGAUUACUGUAUUUGUAACGAAGGCUUAGAGCUGGGAGACACGACCAGCACUUUCUGUGGCACUCCUAAUUACCUGGCUCCAGAAAUUGUAAGAGGGGAAGAGUAUGGCUUUGGUGUGGACUGGUGGACUCUUGGAGUGCUGAUGUAUGAGAUGAUGGUUGGGGAGUCUCCAUUCCAUCUUGUUGAGAGCUCUGACAACCCUGACCAAAACUCAAAUAAUCUCUUGGAAGUUAUUUUGCAAAGAAAAAUUCACAUACCUUAUUAUUUGUCCAUAAAAGCUGCAAGUGUUCUGAAGAGUUUUCUGAACAGGGACCCAGUGGAACGACUGGGUUUUUUUCCUCUAAGGAGAUUUGCUGAUGUCCAGGGGCAUCUAUUCUUUCAAAAUGUUAACUGGGAGAUGAUGGAGCAAAAGCAGGUGGUGCCUCCCUUUAAACCAAAAAUGUCUGGGGGAAUUGGUUUGGACAGUUUUGAUCCUCAAUUUACUGAUGAACCUGUCCAGCUCACCCCAGAUGAUAAUGACAUCGUGAGGAAGACUGAUGGAUGUGAAUUUGCAGGUUUUGAGUAUAUUAAUCAUCUUACAAUGUUUGAAGAAGAAUGA